AGUUAUGUAAGUGCUUGUCAAACCUGAGCUGAGCUGACUGUAGGGAGAAGAGGGGAGGUUCAGGUCCCCCCCAAAGUUACGCAAUCCCAAGCAGCUGUAUAUAAGGCGGACUGGAAAGUGAGGAUCUUGUGAGCUGGAUACACGUUUAAUCACAAGAAUGCUGCGGUACGUUGUAGCCCUCUGUUUUCUGGCCUCCUCCGUCUACUCCAACGAGUCCGAUCCCUUGGAGAACAACUGCCAGGUCGCCAAUUUCCAAGUCAAACAGGACUUUGAUAGAACCAGGUAUGCAGGUGUGUGGUACGCUGUAGGGAAGAAGGACCCCGAGGGUUUGUUCUUGCUCGACAAUGUGGUGGCCGAGUUCAAAGUGGAGGAGGAUGGCAGGAUGACCGCCACCGCAAAGGGCAGGGUCAUCAUCCUCAACAACUGGGAAAUGUGCGCCCACAUGUUCGCCACCUUCGAGGACACGCCCGACCCUGCCAAGUUCAGGAUGAAAUACUGGGGUGCGGCGUCCUACCUGCAGACUGGAAAUGACGAACAUUGGGUCAUUGACACCGACUAUGACAACUACGCCAUCCACUACUCCUGCAGGCUUCUAGACUCUGACGGCACCUGCCUGGACAGCUACUCCUUCGUGUUUUCUCGUCACCCGACAGGCCUGAGGGCCGAGGACCAGGUCAUCAUCACCCAGAAGAAGAGCGAUAUUUGCCUGCUGGGCAAAUACAGACGUGUUGCACACAACGGUUUCUGCGAGAACUCAGCCGACUUGAGUCCACAGUGAUCCCCUCCACCUCAAGGACUUCGUUCCCCUCCACUGGAUUCCUCUCAACCUGACGAGAGUCUUAGUUUUUUGUAGAAAUGUGUAAAUUCUCACUAUCACUUCCUCCCGUCUUUGAAACGCUUUUUUUCCCCAUUUAGAAGAAUAUCUAGAAAGAUCCUUGAGAUCUUUCCAUUUUCAUUUCCAGACAUUUCACAGAGAAAUCCCACAUUUUAGAAAGCUGACGUGGGAAAUACAAUCUUUUGCAGCAUAUUGUAGCACAAACGUUGUUAAUAAACAUUCCUAUAUGUGUCUUAAGUCAAGACAUGGGUACAUAGUAGUCAUGUUGUUUCAAAAAUAAAUGAUGUAUACCUUUUUUUUUUUUGGUCAGUUUUUCAAAUAAAACAUUCAAACCAUG